AUGUGUCUUCAGUGUUGGAGUGUUCAAGAAUGGCGUGUGGAGAUCAUCGCCAAUGACCAGGGUAACCGCAUCACCCCCUCAUAUGUGGCCUUCACCAGUGAGGGUGAGCGUCUGAUUGGUGAUGCUGCCAAGAAUCAGCUGACCUCUAACCCCGAGAACACUGUCUUUGAUGCCAAGAGACUGAUUGGUCGCACUUGGGGCGACUCCUCUGUGCAGCAGGACAUCAAGUACCUGCCCUUCAAGGUCACUGAGAAGAAGAGCAAGCCCCAUAUUCAAGUUGACAUUGGUGGUGGCCAGAUGAAGACAUUUGCUCCAGAGGAGAUCUCUGCCAUGGUGCUGACCAAGAUGAAGGAGACAGCUGAAGCUUAUUUGGGCAAGAAGGUCACACACGCUGUGGUCACUGUCCCUGCCUACUUCAAUGAUGCCCAGCGUCAGGCCACUAAGGAUGCUGGAACCAUCGCUGGUCUGAAUGUCAUGAGAAUCAUCAAUGAGCCAACUGCUGCUGCCAUUGCUUACGGCCUGGAUAAGAAGGACGGCGAGAAGAACAUUCUGGUGUUCGAUCUGGGCGGUGGCACCUUUGACGUCUCCAUCCUGACCAUUGACAACGGUGUGUUUGAAGUGUUGGCCACCAACGGUGACACUCAUCUGGGAGGUGAGGACUUUGACCAGCGCGUCAUGGAGCACUUCAUCAAGCUGUACAAGAAGAAGACUGGCAAAGAUGUGCGCAAAGACAACCGUGCUGUGCAGAAGCUGCGUCGUGAAGUUGAGAAGGCAAAGAGGGCUCUGUCUGCCCAGCACCAGGCCCGCAUCGAGAUCGAAUCCUUCUUUGAGGGAGAAGACUUCUCUGAGACCCUGACCCGUGCCAAGUUUGAAGAGCUGAACAUGGACCUGUUCCGUUCCACCAUGAAGCCUGUGCAGAAGGUGCUGGAAGACGCCAACCUGAAGAAGUCUGACAUUGACGAGAUUGUCCUGGUCGGAGGCUCCACCCGUAUCCCCAAAAUCCAGCAGCUGGUAAAGGAGUUCUUCAAUGGCAAAGAGCCUUCCAGAGGCAUCAACCCUGAUGAGGCUGUGGCAUAUGGAGCUGCUGUGCAGGCUGGAGUGCUUUCUGGAGAGGAUACUGAUGGUGGUAAAGUACUUCUGGAUGUGUGCCCCCUGACUCUUGGUAUUGAGACCGCUGGAGGAGUAAUGACCAAACUGAUCCCCAGGAACACUGUGGUGCCCACCAAGAAAUCCCAGAUCUUCUCUACAGUCUCUGAUAACCAGCCUACUGUCACCAUUAAGGUCUAUGAAGGUGAGCGUCCUUUGACGAAAGACAACCACCUGCUGGGCACCUUUGACCUGACUGGCAUCCCCCCUGCCCCUCGUGGUGUGCCGCAGAUUGAAGUCACCUUUGAGAUUGAUGUCAACGGUAUUCUGCGUGUCACUGCUGAGGACAAGGGCACCGGCAACAAGAACAAGAUCACAAUCACAAAUGACCAGAACCGCCUAACACCUGAGGAUAUUGAGCGCAUGGUGAACGACGCUGAGCGCUUUGCCGAUGAAGACAAGAAGCUGAAGGAGAGGAUCGAUGCCCGCAACGAGUUGGAGAGCUACGCUUACUCCCUGAAGAACCAGAUCGACGACAAGGAGAAGCUUGGUGGCAAACUGUCCGAUGAUGACAAGGAGGCCAUUGAGAAGGCAGUGGAGGAGAAGAUCGAGUGGAUGGAGUCGCACCAAGAUGCUGAGCUGGAAGACUUCCAGGCCAAGAAGAAGGAGCUGGAGGAGGUGGUCCAACCCAUCAUCAGCAAGCUUUACGGUCGUGCAGGUGGACCUCCACCUGAGGGUGCUGAGGGUGAGCAUGAUGACAAGGAUGAGUUGUAGGCAGGUUUGAAGUCU